GGUCCUUUUUCAGGCCUUCAGGCCUCCGUAGCCCCGCCCAGCAAGGAAGCGGCCUUUAGAGCGCCAGCUCCUCUCCAAACACCAUGAAGCCACCGCAACGGCGGCGAAAGGUCCCGGCACGCUAUAUAAAUGAGGCUACCGGCCCUACAGCCUGGAGCCCCCGGGAGAAGCGGCAGCUACUCAGACUACUUCAGGUCCGGCAGGGCCAGCCAGAGCCAGUCGCCGCGGAGCUGGCCGAGGAGCUGCCAGGCCGCAGUGAGGCUGAGAUUCGGCACUUUAUCCAACAGCUCAAAGGCCAAGUGGUCCGAGAGGCCAUCCGGAAGGUGCACCCAGGCAGCACAGAGGGUCCAAGGCGCCGAGAAGCACAGCUCCCAGCCCCAAUAGAGGUAUGGAUAGAUCUGGCCGAGAAGCUAACAGGCCCACUAGAGGAAGCCCUGACUGCAGCCUUCUCCCAGGUACUCACCAUUGCUGCUGCAGAACCCCUCAGCCUUCUGCACUGCAAACCCCAAAAGCCUACGAAGGCCUGUGGAAAGCCACUGCUGUUCCUGAGCACAGAAGAAGGGCAGGAAGACCCCACCCCUGAGACCUCUGGCCUCAUCCCUAAGGCUGCUGACCCCGUUCCUGAGGCUGCUGGCCCCACCUCUCAUGCCCCAACUGAAUCCCUGGCUGGUCCCUCAGCAGAGGGAAACUUCACCGUGGACUUUGAGAAAAUCUACAAGUACCUGUCCUCUUCUUUCCGAAGUGGCCAUGGUCCUGAGCUCUCAGCAGCUGAGUCAGCCGUGGUCCUUGACAUGCUCAUAUCGCUACAGGAGGAGCUGUCCCGCCUGCCUUGCACCGUACUGGCAGAACAUAUGACUGAAACUUAUGCUCGCCUGAUGACCCCCCCACUGGCUCCCUCUGGUGGGAAGAACCCCAGGCCUGGGGCUGAAGGUGGUAAAACUAGCUCCAGGGGACCAGGGGAGCCUAGCCAGGCCACCACUCCAGCCCCUGAGCCCAGAGAACUGAGACAGGCCUGGCAAGCAGCUGGAAUCUGCCCUCUGAACCCCUUUCUGGUGCCCCUGGAGCUCCUGGGCCGGGUGGCCACUCCUGCAAGAUGAGGAAUUGAGCCGACAACAGGCAUACUGACUUCUCCCUGGAACCUCAGUCCUGUACUGCUGGCACUGAGGCCUAAAGAAUUGUGGAAAGUUCCUGAUGAGGUACCCAGACCAAACCUUCAGAUGCUGCAUACACUGGGGGUCUCAGAAAUGGAAGCAUAGUUGCAACAGAGAUUAGAGACAUAGGACCCUAUACACAAGCAGAGUUCUUGAACAGCUAGAUGGGGCUCCCAGCCCAGCUGUGUCUUGGUCUCUGCCAAGGGUUGCCAACUCAACACCAUCACCCCAUCACACACAUGCCCUCCUCUGUCUGAAUUUGCAUUUGAAAUUCCCCAGCCUGGGGCCAGCAUUUCUCCAGGUCUUAACUCACCACCAUCCAGUUCUCCUUGCUGCCUCCUCCUCCUCUUCCUUUUCUGGAUUGUCCUGUGGCCUCCAAUAAAGUUCUCAUCUGAUUGUC